UCUGACCUGUGCCCCUCCCCUCCCCUCAGGUGGGAGACCAGUGGGUGGAGUGAGUGCUCCCGGACGUGUGGGGAGGGCGUUCAGUAUCGUACGGUGCGCUGCUGGAAGAUGCUGUCGCCUGGACUCGACUCGUCAGUCUAUGACUCCCUGUGUUUGACACAUGACCUUCACAAACCGGCCAAGAGAAAGGUCUGCCACGGCCAGAGCUGCGGCCCCCAGUGGGAGGUGUCCGAGUGGUCAGAGUGCUCGGCGCGCUGUGGCUCUCGGGCCGUUCGCACUCGGGAGGUGCGCUGCUCCAUGGAGAUGAGACUGUGUAACAAGUCCUCUCAGCCAAUAGAAAGUGAGGAAUGUGAAGCUCCGCCCUGCGACAGAAGAUGGACUUUCUCUGACUGGGGGCCUUGCUCUGGUGUGUGUGGCGAGGGGAGGAUGGUGCGUGCGGUGACGUGUCGAUCAUCGGGGGGGGUGGUGAUGACAGAGGAGCAGUGUGACCAAUCACUGCGCCCGCUGGCCAUCUACCCCUGUGGAGACAGAGACUGCGCCCCCCACUGGGUGGAACAAGAAUGGCAACAGUGUAAUGCUACAUGUGGGCGCGGGGUGCGGCAGCGGCAGGUGGUGUGUGCCGGGCUGGAGGCCGGUGUGUUCAAAGAGUCUCCAGACAGCAGCUGUGAGCAGGGCAGCAGACCAGAGAGCAGCUCCUCCUGCUUCCAGAGACCCUGCUCCAAGUGGUUCACCACGUCCUGGUCCCAGUGUAGUAAGACUUGUGGGAGUGGCGUCCAGGUUCGUGAAGUAAAGUGUUACCAGGGGGAGGAGCUUGUAACCAGGGGCCACAGCUGCGACUCGGCCCUCAAGCCGGAGGCCAGGCAGAGCUGUGAGAUCCAGAGCUGUCUGACGGAGGCUCCAGUGGCGGCCCCCGCAGCAGCAGCAGCAGCAGCAGCAGUAGAAGACUCCUGCCAGGACAAGCCAACAGCCAACUGUGCCCUGGUGCUGAAGGUGAAGCUGUGCUCCCAUUGGUACUACAGAAAGGCCUGCUGCCAGUCCUGCAGGGCCCCCCGACCCUGAGGUCUGACUGUACCCUCUCCCUUCUAACCACUCACACCAGAGAUCACAUUACACUCACACUGGUGCUACACAAAAGCCUGCUGCUAGCAAUGAAAGGACUUCCCACAUGCAUUUAACUGUCACUUAUGCCAACCUGUGUUCUUCACCUGCAACCUGUCAAUGUUACACCUGUUACACUUAAGCCUGUUUCACGCUUUUGAUGAUUGUUGUAAUAAUUGUUGUCACCAGUACUACGGUACACUUCCUGUUGUGUAACAGGAAGUUAGUCUCAAGUACUGAAAAAAGUUCCUGCUAAGCCUGACGGAGGUGAUGUGAUACUAAAUCUGUUCCCUGACCUCCUCCUGUCCAGACAAUGUGAAAAUAGACACACUCAGCAUUGCGAUCAUUGACUUACGUUAUCUGAAACAGAAAGAGCAAACCACACUUUUCAAUUUCUUCUUCAUCCCUGUUCCUCUUGCUGUCUCUCUCUACACCUUAAGGACUAAAAACACUUGAUCCAUCCAUCCUGUAUCCAUCAUCGAUGUAGCACCCACUGGUGCCAUGCCGUUGUGGAACUAUGCUUUUUUUUUUCUGCCUCCUAAACAUAUACAAGAGACACAGCUUAAUGUCACAGAGUUACUCCAACUUUGUGUACCAGCUGAUCCUUGUCUCAGCGCCUACAUCUUCACACAUGCAGCAGUACUCUACGGAGGCCAGCAGGUGCAAACGUACUACAACAUCCCAAAACCUGGUGCAACUUUAGAAACGAUUCAAAAUAUGCACUUGUUGACAUUCGGGAAUAAUAAAAUUGGCCAAAUGUCUCUGUUGGCAGACUUAGUCUGUUUCAUAACUGUAAGUGUUUUGUCAGUCAGUAUAUUUGAAAUGACUAAGUUAGCUGUUUUAGCCAGCUAGAAAUAAUAUCAGAAGGAGUCAUGCGAUCAUGUUGUUAAAAUAAGCCAUUAAAACAUACAAUUUACGUUUCCAACAACAGUGACAGUCGGCCAACUUUAUAAAACCCAUCAACAAACGCUCGGGUCCCAUCUCUGUACGUCACUUGUCAUUGUCCCCUGUUGCCGUUCUGUUUUGAGCUUCUUGCAGCGUUUUUUUUAUUUGCACCGUUUAUAUUUUACAUUGUUUUGUUUAUGCAUGUUUUGGCACAUUUGUGGGUUUUUUGCAUUGUUUGUUAACUGCAGCGUUUCUCCUAAUGUAAGUGUUUUGGGCCGUUGUAGCGCGUUUCCACCUGUCGGCCACCAGUUUGCCCCACCUGGAAACACACUUGGAUGUGGAAAAAGUGAUACAGUUUGAAUGUAAAGAUGAAAGUUGCUGUGAAAAGUAGCGGGUGCAGUAACACCUGCUAGACCUCUCCGGGUUGACACUUCAGAUCAAAUGAAAGCACGUCAAUGGAAACGAGUAGAAAAGGAAGCAGAGAGCUGCGGAGCGCUGUGUGAUCUGAUGCUCUGUACCUGAUGAUGUCACAGAGCUGCUGCUCAUUGUGCUCACUGUAUCACAUCAUGAAUAAACAAUGAGCUGUG